AUGGUGAAGAAGAAGGAAGAAGAAAGAGUGAAAGGGAUAGGUGGGGCCUGGUAUGAAAGUUACAAAAUCGACGGAAUCAUUGUUGGAGAUUCAAUUUCGUUUUCUAAUCUCAAAGCAGCAAUUGCAGCCGAGUUGGACAUCGAUGUAUCAAGGAAAGAUAUUGAAAUUUGUUACAUUGUAGAAGACAAAUAUGGUUGGACUAUGAAGGCGUACUACAGGAAAAAAUCUGAUAUAUUCAUUGUUAGAAGUUUCAAUAGUGAAAAUACGUGUCCGAUGAGGGAGAGGGUAUUAACCAAGGUCCAAGCAACACUCGAAUUUGUAAGUGGAGUUACUGCUCCAAAAUUGGUCAAUCAUAAACAAAUAUAUAUUCCAAGAGAUAUAAUUGAUGAUAUUAGAGAAUAUUAUGGGGUUCAAAUAUCUUACCAGCAAGCAUGGCGUGCUAAAAAACGUGCACUCUCCAUGAUUAGGGGAAAAUCAUCUGCAGGAUAUAGACGGUUGCCGCGAUACAUACACAAUUUAAAAACUGUGUAUCCAAAUUCUUAUAUAAGAAUGCAUAAGACUGAAGAGGAUAAAUUUAUGUAUUUGUUCAUCGCCUUAAGACCAUUCAUUAGGGAAUUUAAUUACUGCACACCAGUAGCUGUUGUGGAUGAUUCACAUCUGAGUGGAGCUUACAAAGAGACAUUUGUAUUAGCAAGCACACUUGAUGGCGCAUGUUGCAUAUUUCCAUUGGCAUAUGGUGUUGUUGACACCGAAAAUGAUUGUUCGUGGACAUGGUUUUUCGAACAAUUCAAACAUGCAUUUGGCAAGAGAAAAGAUAUGUGUGUUGUUUCAGAUAGAAAUGAGAUUAUCAUGAAGAGUAAUGUAUGUGGAAACUUCAAAAGGAGCAGAAAGGCCAUAAGUGAUCUAUUCUACUCUAUGGCCAAGGCAUAUAGAAAGGAAAAUUUUGAUAAGUUGAUUGAUAAGGUUGAUAGAAUUGAUCACAGGGUUAAGGAGUACCUUGAAGAUGCAGGUUACGAAAAGUGGUCAAGAGUUCAUACACCAGUAAACAGAGUUUAUGAAACUGGAAGAAUAUAUAUUGUUCGUCUUGAACGGAAAAUAUGUUCUUGUGGUAGAUUUCAACUAGAUGAGAUACCUUGUUCACAUGUAAUCACUGUAUUGAAAAAAAAGAAUGUCACAGAUAUGAAUCCGUAUUGCUCUGAUUACUACAAGCCUGAUACAUUGGCAAAAACAUAUGAAAUUCCAAUGGUACCAAUGCCAUAUAAGGAAGAUUUGUCAGAUCCUAAUAAUGUGGUAGCUGAAACUGUUUAUCCACCUAGAUACAGAAGAUUAUCUGGAUGA